AUGGCAGUCAGAAAAUUCUUCCAGGGCUCAUCCCUAGCCCACCAUGUGGGCGCCGUAAGAAAUGCACCUCGUGAGAUGAUCUUCAAUCGGACAUUACUCUUCUCAUGCAUACUAUAUGCCAUGUCCGCCGUGCCUCUGGGCUUCCAAGAGCAAUUUGACUUUGAUUCGGGUAACAGCGCCCUUGCGAAUCGGAACUUUGUAUCUAUUGUCUGGGUCGGCGCAGGGGUCGGUGGAGGAGCCUCCUUUUUCCUCAAUGAUAUUCUCGGCCGCCGUUGGAGCUUUCGACUGUACGCUGCCAUCUGGAUUCUUGGUCAGGUAGUUGCAACCAGUUCGCCCACUCUGAGUGGGCUUUAUGUUUCACGCAUCAUCUCAGGGUUGGGCAUAGGAGCCCUGACUGUCAUCGGGCCAAUGUCAAUUGCUGAGAUCGCCCCAAGCGAGAUACGUGGCACGCUUACUGCAUGGUUCAAUGUGGCGAUGAAUAUGGGAGGCACAGCCGGGGCUUUUUGUGUGUAUGGAGUGUUUCAAAACAUGACUGGAACCAGCCUGCAAUACCGAGUUGUCUGGUUUACACCAGCGAUCUUUCUAUUCCUAUGUAUCGUCGCCAGCUUUUUCAUCUCCGAGUCUCCUCGAUGGUUGCUUCUAGUGGGUCGUCAAGAGGAGGCUGCCCAGGCUCUUGUUGAGCUACGCGGUCUCGGUCUCGAAAACCCUCGAGUACACCUUGAGCUGCAGGAGAUGAAAAUUGCGAUCCAGGAGGAGCAAGCCAUGAACGCAGAAGGAAUGUCGGGUAUCUUGCGAGAAGCCUUGACCAUCCCCUCCAAUUUGCGCCGUGUGCAGCAGAGCCUUGUGACCUAUGGCCUAGCUCAGCUCUCUGGUGCCAACUCUGUCACCUCCUACUUUGUCCCUAUCCUAACAUUUAUUGGCAUCGGCGGAGACUCUGGAAGGAACAUUUUCCUCAACUGCAUGUAUUCCUUUUCCAAGUUUUGCUUUGCGAUCAUCGCGUCCUUGUUUUUCGUCGAUGCCCUGGGCCGUCGGAAGUCGCUGUUUGUUGGUGCCUCUUUGCAGAUGGUGUCUGAUUUGUACCUUGGGGUCUACAUCAAGUAUAGCCAAGAGGGUGCUGAGAUUGCUCAUUCAGCAUCGACCGGGGCCAUUGCGUUUAUCUUUAUCCAUGGAUUUGGAUAUGUUGUGGGCCUCUACAUCCUCCCCUACGUCUUCGGUGGCGAACUCUGGCCGAAUCGCAUUCGAUCGUUUGGCUCUGCUCUCGGCCAAUGUUUUCACUGGCUUUUCAUGUUCGCCAUGGCCUACGGCACGCCGUCGCUCCUUGCACAGACCAACAAUUGGGGUGCCUUUAUCUUCUUUGCCGCAUGGUGCUUCGUUGCUCUCGUUUAUGUCUACCUCAUGGUCCCCGAGACAUCUGGACUUAGUGUUGAAGCAAUGGAUAAAGUCUUUGAAGGGCCCUGGUUCAACGCGGCGCGUCGUGUUCACAGGAGUCCUCCCGCGCAGGGGGGAGUCGAGGUGGAUGGAGAGUCAGGAAAAGUUGCAAGGUAA